CUGAGAUAAGAUCCGAAGAAUUCCAGCGGCCGCGGGGGAGGGACAAAGAAACACUCCAUUCACCUUCACAUACAUGUACUCAUAGUCCCCUCUGCUUCAUUUACUCCAAAAUAACAGUCAGGAAGAUCAAGAGUGUGAUUUUCACCACAGACCGAACACGGAAGGUCCCCCCCUGUAAUGUUUGAACCGGAGCGGGAGAGACACUCGGCUUCCUGGACGAGCGCGAGUCAGUCUGAUUUUACACUGCUGAUUAGCACGCGGAAAGCCGCUGUUAUUUACACAGGUCAAGACACAAAACCACAGAGUUCCGUACAUUUAUGCAUUGUGCAAAAUCGGCUAAAUAAUUAAUUCAUCCAGAACCGGUGAGCUUUGAGAGGCGUCGCGUUGACUUACGACAGGUAGAGACAAGUUUGUUUCGGACAUUUGAAGUCUCACAAUCUGAUGCUUACUGGGAACUUCACAACACCGAGCUGCCGCAAUGUCGACCGGUGCAGGAAAGAGACUAGAAAACCGGGUGAGAACACUGGAGUCAAUCAUCAAGGACCAACGAUCAUCGCUGAAUUUGGGGAGUUUGCUGGAUUCAGUAACUGCUCUGGCCCUUGAUCUGAAUCAUCCCGCACUGAGAAAGAACAAAAACAUAGAUUCCUUCUUAAACAGAUAUGAAAAAGCCGUGACUCGCCUCAAGGAACUACAGGUGAAGCUGGAUGAUUUUGACAGAGUCAAGCUGAUUGGUCGUGGAGCGUUUGGUGCAGUGCAGCUGGUACGACACAAAGCUUCCCAACAAGUGUAUGCCAUGAAGCAGCUCAGCAAGUUUGAGAUGGUCAAGCGUUCUGACUCCGCCUUCUUCUGGGAGGAGCGUGACAUCAUGGCAUUCUCCAAGAGUCCUUGGAUAGUUCAGCUGUGCUGUGCAUUCCAAGAUGAGAAGUACCUUUAUUUGGUGAUGGAGUUCAUGCCCGGUGGAGACCUGGUGACUCUUACCAGCAACUAUGACAUCCCAGAAGAGUGGGCUCAAUUCUACACGGCAGAAGUGGUGCUGGCACUGGACGCCAUCCAUUCUCUGGGCUUCAUCCACCGAGACAUCAAACCAGACAACAUGCUGCUUGACCGCAACGGACACCUUAAACUCGCUGACUUUGGAACAUGCAUGAAGAUGGACUCGUCCCGUAUGGUCCGCUGUGACACUGCUGUCGGGACUCCUGAUUACAUUUCACCAGAGGUUUUGAUGUCACAAGGAGGAACAGGUUACUAUGGCCGGGAGUGUGACUGGUGGUCUGUUGGCGUUUUCAUUUAUGAGCUGCUAGUGGGUGACACACCGUUUUAUGCCGAGUCCCUGGUGGGCACCUACGGAAAGAUCAUGGAUCAUAAAAACAGCUUAACUUUCCCAGAUGAUAUCGAAAUGUCAAAGAAGGCCAAAGACCUCAUUUGUGCCUUUCUGUCUGACAGGGAGGUGAGGCUUGGCCGUUCUGGAGUGGAUGAAAUAAAAUGUCACCCCUUCUUCAAGAACGAUCAGUGGACCUUCGACACCAUACGAGACACCAUGGCUCCAGUGGUGCCGAAGCUGAGUAGUGAUAUUGACACCAGUAACUUUGAUGAUGAUAUAAAGGAUGAUCCGUUAGGAACCGAGACCUUCCCCCCUCCCCGUGCCUUCGCAGGGAAUCAACUACCGUUUGUGGGCUUCACCUAUUUCAGGGAGGACCAAUUGUUAAACCAAAACAAUAAGUGUUCAGAAGAGGACUCUAGUGCUGAGAGUGUCAAUGAGGAUCAUAACUUAAACCAAGCCGAGUCCUGUGACCUGCAGAGGAGGCUGAAAAAGUUGGAAGAAAAAGUCAAACAUGAGAUUCAAGCAAAGGAGGAACUGGAAAAUAAAUGCAGAACAGCAAAUCAGCGGCUGGAGAAGUUGUCCAAAGAGCUUGAAGAAGAAGUGAAUGCGAGACAGGCGGUGGAAGACUCUCUGAGGGAACUGGAGAGAGAGAAGGCUUUAUUGACGCACCAGCGUUCUCAGAGCAUAAGAAAGGCUGGACUAGAAACAGACAGAAAGCGUCUGCUUGAGAAUGAGGUGAGCAGCCUGAAAGAGCAGCUAGCUGAACUGAAGAAGAAGAACCAGAACUCUCAAAUCUCUGCUGAGAAGAACAUUCACCUGGAAAGACAGUUGGAGGAGAUGAAUGCUAAGCUUCAGGCUGAGGUGGAGGAGUCCGAGCGGCUGAAGAAGGCCCAGGGCGAGGCGUUGAGACAGUCCCAGCAGCUGGAUAUCUCUCUCAGGGAGUUUCAGGAGCGUCUGGCCCAGCUGGAGAGCAGCCGGCAGGGUCUGGAACAGGAGAAACUGAGCCUGCAAACCUCACUGCAGGUGGAGAAGCGAGAGAGAAGCCUCGGCUCAGAGACUAUCAAUGACCUACAAGGCCGUGUCUCUGGACUGGAAGACGAGUUAAAGCACAUAAAGAGUUCUUUAUCAAAGGCUGAAGCAGAGAAAAGACAGUUACAGGAGGAUCUCACUGCCCUGGAAAAGGAGAAGAGCAAGCAGGAGAUCGAUCUCUUCUUUAAACUCAAAGCCAUUCAGCAGAGUCUGGAGCAGGAGGAGGCAGAGCUUAAAGCCACUAAAGCCAGAUUGGCCGACAACAACAAAAUCAACCAAUCCGUCGAGGAGGCCAAGUCUGAGGACCUGAAAAAUAUGGAACAUAAACUGCUGGAAGACCGAUCAGCGAAGCAACAGUUGGAAAACAGACUGAUGCAGUUGGAGAAGGAAAACUCAGUAUUAGACUGUGACUACAAGCAAGCCAAACAUGAGCUUCAGGAGCUCCGCUCACUCAAAGAAAAACUCACUGGCGAGAUGGAGGUGCUGAGUGUGCGUGUGCAGCAGGAGACUCAGAAGAAGACUCUGUUUCAGGCAGAUCUCAGUGUACAGAGGCAGGAGAUCAGCACCCUGCGCUCCUCUGAGAAACAGUUCAAACAAGAGCUCAACCAUCUGCUGGAGCUCAAACUCAGCCUGGAGAAACAAAAUCAGGAACUACGCAGGGAGAGAGAAGAAGCUGACAAACAGCUGAAAGAGCUGAAGGACCAGUUGGAGGCAGAGCAGUACUUCACAAAACUUUAUAAAACUCAAAUUAGAGAGCUGAAGGAGGACAGUGAUGAAAAGGCUAAACUCUACAAAGAUGCUCUGCAGAGAAUAGAGGACCUGCAGGAAGAGAGGGACUCAUUAGCAACCCAGCUAGAGGUGAGCCUGACAAAGGCAGAUGCCGAAGAGUUGGCGCGCUCCAUCGCUGAGGAGCAAUACUCAGACCUGGAGAAAGAAAAGAUCAUGAAGGAGCUGGAGAUCAAAGACGUGAUUGCCAGACACCGGCAGGAACUAAGCGAAAAGGACAGUACCAUCAGCUCGCUGGAGGAAUCGAACCGCACACUGACUGUGGAUGUUGGCAACCUGGCUAAUGAGAAAGAAGAGCUCAACAAUCAGCUCAAACACCUACAGCAUAAGCUAGAUAAGUCCAGAGAAAAAGAAAAACAGAUGAAAUCUUUGAUCCUGUCCUUUGAGAAGCAGAUAGAGUCUGAGAGAACCCUCAAGAGUCAGGCUAUAAACAAACUGGCUGAGGUUAUGAAGAAGACAGAUGUCAGGCCGCAGCAAGGCAACAACACUGACAUCCGCAGGAAGGAGAAGGAGAACAGACAACUGCAGUUGCAGCUCCGCACUGAGAAAGAAAAACUCAACAGCACCAUCAUUAAAUACCAGAAAGAAAUCAAUGAAAUGCAGGCUACGUUGGCAGAGGAGUCUCAGGGGCGACUGGAGAUGCAGAUGGCCCUGGACAGUAAAGACAGUGAUAUUGAGCGUCUGCGCUGUCAGCUCACUUCUCUCAGCAUUCAUUCUCUGGACACCACUAGCAUCAGCAGCACCGGCAACGACCUGGAGGGUGAUGACGCUUAUCCAGGUAUCUAUCUAUCUAUCUAUCUAUCUAUCUAUUUUGUAUAG